CACGCCCACCUGGCAGUCGGCGGUCACGUGGGACUCAGCCGGGGGCUGCGGGGGAAGUUGGGCCAAGAUGGCGACUACGAGGAAGAUUCUGCCGCGGAGGCUGGUGGGCUUGGCGUCUCUCCGGGCUGUCAGCACCUCUUCUGUGGGUACUUUCCCAAAGCGAGUGAAAAUUGUGGAAGUGGGUGCCCGAGACGGACUACAAAAUGAAAAGAAUUUCGUAUCUACUUCUACGAAAAUCAAGCUGAUAGACAUGCUUUCUGAAGCAGGACUCCCUGUUAUAGAAGCCACCAGCUUUGUGUCCCCCAAGUGGGUUCCCCAGAUGGCUGACAAUGCUGAAGUCUUGAAGGGCAUCCAGAAAUUUCCUGGCAUCAACUACCCAGUCCUGACCCCGAAUAUCAAAGGCUUCCAGGCAGCGGUUGCUGCUGGAGCCAAGGAGGUGUCCGUCUUUGUCGCCGCCUCAGAGCUCUUCACCAAGAGGAACGUCAAUUGCUCCAUUGAUGAGAGUUUACAGCGGUCCGACGAAAUCUUGAGGGCAGCUCGGGCCGCCGCGAUUCCCGUGCGCGGGUACGUCUCCUGUGUGCUUGGAUGCCCCUAUGAAGGGAAGAUCUCCCCGGCUCAAGUAGCUGAGGUCACCAAGAAGAUGUACUCGAUGGGCUGCUAUGAGAUCUCCCUGGGGGACACCAUCGGCGUGGGCACCCCUGGGAUCAUGAAGGACAUGCUGUCUGCUGUCAUGCACGAGGUGCCCGUGGCUGCCCUGGCGGUCCACUGCCAUGACACCUACGGCCAGGCCCUGGCUAACACCUUGAUGGCCCUGCAGAUGGGAGUGAGUGUCGUGGACUCUUCUGUGGCAGGACUGGGAGGCUGUCCCUAUGCACAGGGGGCAUCCGGAAACUUGGCCACUGAAGACCUUGUCUACAUGCUGUCUGGCCUGGGCAUUCACACGGGUGUGAACCUCCAGAAGCUCCUGGAAGCUGGGACCUUUAUCUGCCAAGCCCUGAACAGAAAAACCAGCUCCAAAGUGGCUCAGGCUACCUGUAAACUGUCCACACGUAGGUCUCUCCUGCAAAAGGGAGGCAAGAGACAGGAGCGGCUUGGCCUCAGCCCUUCCCUGCCAGACCCGAGUCUGAGUGAGAAGCCUGGGGGGCUGCGGGUCUUGCUGCCCCAUGGACCCACUGGCUCAGGAGUUGAAUGCCUGGGGGUCCCCUGGAACCCAGCUCCCUGGUGCUCAGGCCCCACGUCUGGGUGAAAUCCGUCAGCUAGCUACACAGCCUGACCCUGCUGUGCCUCUGGGGCCAUCGCUGACUCCGUAGGGCAAAGGGGCCUGGAGGAGAUUUUCCCCAAGCUGGCAGGGGGCAUUGGCGGAAGGGGUGAGGGCUGAGCUGCUUUGGCGACCACCUGCCAGCUCCAGCAUUUUUGGAAAAGGUCUACUCUGAACAUGAUUUUUGAACACAGCUUAUGUAAUUAAAGUUUUAAUGACAUAAAAGCAUGCAUGCCCCAG